CAAAAAGAACCGAACCUCAGGACCUUGAGGCGACAGCUCAAAAACAAACAACCAUUGCUUUUACUCACACCGUUGAUGUCGGACUUUGGGGUUUGAAGACCUAGAGUUUUGAGGACAGCGUAUUUUAAUGUGUGCGCUACGCGGCAUCAGUAUAACUACACCCUGACUACUGUACAUCUUCAGUUGGUAUAUCUACUCUGAGAGACACAGUUAUGUUUAAAAAGGUCACAAGCUUGUUUGUGCAAAGUUUCUAUUUCAAGCUAGGAAUUUUCAACCAUCCACCAGGAAUUCACACAACACCAAUUGCUAUGUCAGAACCUUUAAAGAAAAAGAAGAGAGUCGAUCCAAUAAUUGAACAGCAACGAACAGGCCGGAAAGUUAGAAAAAUUGAAAAGGAAAUCAAACGUCUUAGUCGCUUCGACCGAAAACUGAAACCGAUUGAAGAUAUUGAGGGUGAUCGUCAACUAAUAAAAGAAUCAAAAUCUCGUCAACGUCCACCUAUAGACAUUAGUGAAAAUGAAAUCGAUCAACGAAUGGGUAUAUGGAAAAAAUGGACACGUUAUCAACUUAGAGUAUCACAUAGAGAAAAUGCAUUGUAUAAAUCAGUACUAACAGCUCAACAACAAGCUUUAGAUUGGUUGUAUAAAACAUCGCCUAAUUUAUACAAAGAAGCCAUUAAACCUUGUUCUAAAUUAAUCGGAGAAUCUAUUAGCAAUUCAUAUACUGAAGGAGAGGAGAAGAAGAAGAAGAAGACAUAUUUACAACAAUAGUUGGUCCAUAUACUGGUGCUCCUAAGCUACACGGUGAACUUAUAGAGUCCACCUCAGAAUAUGAUCCUCCAGAUGGAGAACAAAUCGAUUCAACACCGAAAUUAACUUAUGACUUUGAAAUACAAUCUCAAUUCUUAGCUGAACCAAAGCAAAAGAAGUUCACAUUAUCAAAAAAAUAGUAUUUCUAUAAAUUUUCUUUGAAAUACCAAAAAUGAUAGAUACCAUACAACAAUCAGUUCAUUUUGAUGAGUGAUAUAAUCUAAAAGGAAAACAGGAAAUAUUGAAGGAGAAUAUUAUUAUUUGUUGUACUAGCUAACUUUAGCAUCAGCUUGCUGUAACUAAUGAUGAAAAAAACACAACUCAAAUGGUUAGGG